AUGAAGCUUAAACGAUUCCUGUUGCGUUACUACCCGCCUGGAAUCAUUCUCGAGUAUGAACUUCGUGACGGCACACGCGAGAUGAAAGAGAUCGAUUUACUGCAUCUCACAGCCGAGUCCGAUAUCGAGGUGCUGGUGAACCAGAUUGUCUUCGAAGAGCCGCUCAUCUCUGAGUCCCGCAAGCCACAGCUUCGCCGUCUCAUUUACAAGCUGAUCGAAAAGCUCGAGGUGAACGACAGUAAUGAUUUCUAUCUAUUCAAGAUUCUACGCGCGCAUAUUCUACCAUUAACCAACUGCGCCUUCAACAAGUCCGGAGACAAGUUUAUUACGGGCAGCUAUGAUCGCACCUGCAAGGUCUGGGAUACCCAGACAGGUGACGAGUUACUGACCUUAGAAGGUCACAAGAAUGUCGUCUACGCCAUCGCCUUCAACAACCCUUACGGAGACAAGAUCAUCACCGGGUCAUUCGAUAAGACGUGCAAGCUCUGGAGCGCCGAGACCGGUCAACUUUACCACACUUUUCGAGGCCACUCGACAGAGAUCGUGUGUCUAGCUUUCAAUCCACAAGGCACAGUCAUUGGAACAGGCUCCAUGGAUAAUACGGCGAAGCUCUGGGACGUUGAAACCGGACAGGAACUGCACACUCUCUUUGGCCACACAGCCGAGAUCGUGAGUCUCAACUUCGACACUCAAGGCGAACGUAUCAUCACAGGCUCCUUUGAUCACACAGUGAAAGUGUGGGAUGUGCGCAGUGGCCGCUGUAUUCACACGCUUGCAGGCCAUCACGGCGAGAUCUCCAGUACGCAGUUCAACUACACGGGAGAGUUGUGUAUCAGCGGAUCUAUCGACCGCACCUGCAAGAUAUGGGACGUUGCUUCCGGACAGAACGUGCAGACACUUCGAGGCCACAAUGACGAAAUUCUGGACGUGAGCUUCAAUGCUACGGGCUCGAAACUCGUGACCGCGUCGGCAGACGGCACGUCUCGCAUCUACAAUACCAUGACGGGUGCGUGUCAAGCCAUCUUGAUCGGCCAUGAGGCCGAAAUCUCCAAGGUGUGUUUUAAUCCGCAAGGCUCCAAGGUGCUCACGGCCAGUAGCGACAAGGUAGCGCGACUCUGGGAAGUCGAGACUGGGGACUGUCUGCAGAUGCUCGAGGGCCACACGGACGAGAUCUUCAGUUGCGCCUUCAACUACGAAGGCGACACUAUCAUCACAGGCUCAAAGGACAACACGUGCCGGAUCUGGAAGUGCUAAACUGCUUCUAAAUUGGCAACGUUCAGGAUAUUCUAGCAGUAAACUUGAUACAACAGGAAGAGAAGAACAGAAGUACCAGAGAAGAAAAGAGAAACAUGAGAGUUAAGAGAACAAAAAAGAGAUAAGGUGGCGAUGACUGCUUUAAGCAACAUCCGUUCCCUACCCGA